AGAACAUCAUACUGUUACACAUUUAAAGGCGAAAAGGACUCAAAUCCCAGCUUACGCUGCUCAACACUAAAAUAAGGUCCUUUCUAACACUUUACCGUAGCCUUUGAAUUGCGCCUGCGCCAAAAAACAACAAAACGCUUAAUCAAUAAAAACAUAAAAUUUAGUGCGCAAGGAGCAUCAGCAGCAGAAACAGGAACAAAACAAUAUUCCCGAAGGAUAAGGACAACAAAACAGAUAGUACAUUUUGUAGAUGAAGGAAGCUACGAUUUAUAGCAAAAGCAUACGGAGUUUUUGAAUUCGUCACCUGCAGAAAGGCAAAAGGAACAAAAUAACAAAAACAACAGGAAGACCAAGUGCGGAGAGCAGGAGAAGGUCAGAGGCAAUACGCAGAGACGGAUAGAGAGUGUAUUGCAGAAUUGUUACACGUCCUAAUUUGAUUAGGACCUACUAAAGCAGCAGACAAGUCAGCAGAAUUGACCAUCGCUAGUCAAGCCAAUCCCCAGAGAAGAACAAUCAAAGUGGAAGAAAAGGAGACAGAAACAGUAAACAAACAAUCGAAUAAAGAAGGAGCUUCAGAAGGACAGAAAGAGGAUCAUAAGCAGAGACAAAGAAAAGGUGAAAGCGAAUAUCAAUCAAAAUCCGACAAAAGAGAAGCUCUAGAAGAGCGCGGGAGUUUCGGAAGAAUCUGAAGAUUCGCAAAAAAAGAACAGGACACCAUGUACAAGACCAUUAGGCACGGUGAAAACAGUCUGCAGUAUACGAUUCUACCGCAGAAUGACGACUUCCGCAUCGAGGGCAAGCUGUCGGGCACCGGACGUUCCUCUGGCGGCGGAGCCUCGUCCUCCGGCUCUUCCGCCUCCUCUUCCGGAUCCUCGGUCAAGGUCAAGGGUCAGCGCCGCCGACGAUCCUUCUUCGCCUAUUUGGGCCUAAUUUUCGUUUGCACCGUCAUUAUUGGAGCUGUGCUUAUUCCCUUUUUGGUCUCCGCCGAGUGUCUACCAAAUCCCACGGAAUGGUUCUUGAAAACCAAGGCGGCCCUGGUCCAUAGCCCACAAAGAGGCGGUGGUGAAAGGGCAGAGACUGCCCCUGGUAGUCCCACAUUGCCCACAGGAUCACCCUUGUUGCAGCAAAAUGUGGGUAGAAAUGUGCAGAUCGUAAAUCGGAAUGGCGUAGAGCAGUUUGUGAUCCGCUUGAAUAAAACCAUUUCGAAUGCCAGGACCACCAGUGGCACCACCUCCACGGAAACCACUCCGACCAGCAGCAGCAGCACAAGCACCACCACAUCCACCACCACAACCACACGAGCCCCCACUACGACAACAACGACAACGACCAGCACAACGACAACAACAACCAGAGAGCCACCAGUGACGACUCCACGAUACAUGCCACCGGCCACCACAAUCACCACCCGAAUCAUUCAGGUGCCCCUACUCAAGUCCGCCGCAAAGAAGCCCAUCAUGCCACCCGUUUUGGCCAAGGCCCAAGGACCUCAAAUCCAAACCGGAGCUGGCCAGAAUUCCAGGAUGCAAGUGCAAUCAUCGGAUGCGGAGGAACAAGCUCGGGAAUCGAGUGACGAGAAGAGCAACAGCGCCUGGAUAAAGACGCACUGGGCCUUCAUCGAUCCCUCGACCUUAUUUCAAUGGACCGGUUACAAGGACGAGGAUAGCGUGCUGCUGCCCGCUCUUUUGGGAUUCGCCCUCAUUGGAGUGAUUCUGAUUAUAACCGUUUGCCUGGUGGCACGCAACAAGCGCACAAUUGUGUCCUCCGUCCGCAAGCGAAAUCGCAAUGACAUUGAGGAUCAGGGCGCCGAGGAUAACGCCACUCUGCUGACCACUACAAAUAUGUCGGACGACGAUUAAUUGGAGCUCGUCUAGAUGAUUCCCACAUUAUUCCCGAUUAACCUUCGAUUCAAGCUUUUUGUUUAUCGGUCUGCUUAAGCUGGGAUUUCGACCACUUCCGUUUAAUGGCACACACAUGUAUUUACCUAGAUAUAAGCUAAGAAUGCCCCACAACAUAUAGUAUGUACAGCAGCGGUCAAAAUAAUAGUAUUAGUAUUACCAUAAAAACAUACCUUUGAGGCAUAAAACAAAAUUUCUUAUAAUUUAUCAUUAUGCUUACUUACCAAAAAAAAAUUAGGUUUAAAAAACCUUUGUUUUAGUUUUAAAAGAAAAUAUAAAGCUUUUAAUGAUUCUUUUAAAUUCACUUUUCAGUACUUUUAGUACAGCAUACUGUACUAAAUGGUUCUGUAAAUGUUUCAGAAAAUAUUUCAUACAAAUUUUUGGGAUAAUCUAUUUUGGUUGCUUUAAAAUAUUAAAAUAUUUUAAAAUGGUUUAUCUAUAAUAAAAGUAUAUUUUCCCCAUUUAGUUCAUGGUAUUAGCUUCAUGAAAACAUUACAAAUUGUUUCUAAAGUUGCUACCAACUAUCUUUGAUUACUAUUUGCAAAAGUUAAAACCCUUCUAUUAUUUUGACCACAACUGUAUAUCGGAUCUCAGCGCUGUCCAAAAAGAGCCAAGCUAAUAUGUUAAAAAAACCAAAAUGCAAAAAACUUUCUCUGUUAUGUUUCUUCUUCCCUUUCUCCAAAAAAAGCAAGCGGAAACUGAAACAAAAAAAAGAAAAGAAGACUGUUUCUGAAACAACAAAAACGAACACAAGCGAGCUAAUCUUUAUAGUUUUCCAAACAAAAUAAUUCCUGCUUUAAUAACUCGUUUUUCGAAAGUCUCUUUUUUUCCCCACCCGACAAUUUUGUAUGCGUCUGUAUGAGUGUGUGAUUGACUCUGUGUGUGUUUGUGUGUGUAUGGAAGAGCUUGAUUAAAUAUCCAUUAAAAUAUCCAUACGUAUAAAUAUAAUAUGCAUGAGCUAGCUCGAUAUGUAAUUUGAGUUGAAAAAUUUACAUUCAUGAAAAUCUACUUUUCUGAUAGAUUUUUGUGUGGUAAAUCCAAAUCUAACCAAAAAAAUUUCCUCAAAAGUAAAACUUUUUGGCUUUAAGAUAUUUCUUUCCAAAUAAUAAUACAACAAAAUUUUAUUUUUAGAAAUUAAGAAAUCUAAUUUCAACUUUCAGGUACAUUUUUUUAAAACUCGGACGUGACAGAACACUUUAUUGGCCAGCGUAUUGAAAUCUAUUAGAAAAGUUCAUUUUCACUAGUGUUUAAAAAAGGGUCGAAUUUUGUAACUCUUAUCACAAAGAAAUUAGUGAACUAACGAGUACAGUGCGUUUCAGGGCUCUAGGGGUCUAUAAAAACUAAUUUCAAACUAAUAUACUUUGUAAACUAAAGCGAGCUUUUUUAAAAUUAAUUUUACUCCAAAAAAAAAGGCCAGCGAUCUUGAUGCUCUGAGCUGCACUGUACUACGAAAUUUAUUUGGAAAAGCGUAAGAUAUAUACUUAUAAGUUAAAUAUGUCACCAGACCCAAAAAUCGGUGAGGCCUAGGAAAACACACUCAAAUCAAAUGAAAACGUCCAGAAAUAAGAAUCUUUUUUUGCGCAAGCUGUGCUUCUACUUAUCGAGCGUGGACUGUACUUAAUUUUCAGCACAAAAUUAUUGAGGGAUGCAUUUACGCCUGGGAUCCUGCAUAAUUUGCAGCCAAAAAGCACAAAACAAAAUAAAAUGCUUGCCGAAAAAAUCCAGAUGGGGGCAGUGUAUAAGCGUGGAGGGGAAUAGAGUUUGUAGCGGGGGACUACUGUAUGUCUAUAUAAAUUGUGUAUAACUGUGAAGCAUUGACAAGUAUUUGAGAUGAUCUGUAUUUUUGUAAGCGUAAUAUUUAAAGCGACAACCAAUAAAACCAAAAAACAAAAGAAACAAAUCCAGAGAAGAAACUAUAUAGCGUAAGAUAAAGAUAUCGAGCGCAGCACUCGCAACUCAAAAUUGAUUUGCUCAACACACAUAAUAUAUACAUACAAUAUAUAUAUACAUAUAUAUAUUAUAUACAUACAAAAAUAUGUAACGCAAAGUAUAAGGCUUGCAUUUACAUUUACGAGCUGGAUAUAUCCUCCAUAUGUAUAUGUUAUCACUAAUUUGCAAAGCUAAACUAAGUCCAUGUAUACAAAAACAAGAUAUCCGGCGGGAAAUGACAAAACACACACACUAUAUUGAAUGUUUUUGCUUGUUAAAGUGAAUAAUAAAGAAGAAAACUCAAAAACGCUGGAAAACGAGGGUACUACUUUAAGGGGUUGUGAUAAAAAAGGUCUAAAUAGGGUGAUUAAUAAUUGCAGUUCAACAACAGAAUCGUGGUAAGAAAAGGUCUACUUGAAGUGAAAAAAUGUACAUAGUUCAACAAACAAAAAAAACGUUUCUGAUUAAUUAACAGAUUAUUGGAAAACACCGGAAAUAAUUAGAAUUUAAAUAAUACUUUUAAGGUUGAUCCAACAAAAGAACUAUAUUAAGAAAAGGUGUAUAGAAUAUAAUACCCAUUAAAA